AUGAAGGCACCAAUACUUGCGAUUGUCCUCAUUCUCGGAAUCUCACAGGCGCACGCCUUCUUCUCGCUCUUCGAAGAAGAACAGCCCACGGGGAGGCCUCCACGCCACGAGGAGGAGGGCAUGGAGGUGAGCGGACGACGGGAGGAACAGGAGAGAGUCGAUGAGGAAGGCCUCUACCAACAGAGCCUCACUCAGAUGAAGAAGGAGAUUUUGCAAUCGAUUGAACGCCUCAGACAGUCCAUCGAUAAGCAGAUGUUUCGACGCCAUCCACCCUUCGGAUGUGAUUGCGGCCGACGCCCAUUCCCCUAUCACAGCCAAUGA